GGCUGGACACCUGGAGCUUGAGGACUUGACUGUGGACUCCACUCCACUUCCUUUCCUUCCUCAAGGCCCCAACGGCCAACCCAUCUUCUUCACUGUUCAACGGCCUGGUAUACUUCGCCAGCCGCCAGCCGCCGGCCGCCGGCCGCCGCAUUGCCCAUCCACAGCGGCAGUGCAAUCGAUUGUCUUCCUUCUACUGGUAUCCGGCACUUUCGUUUGUGUUCAUGUGCCUCAAGUAAUAUUGCUGUCAACAUGGUCAAGGGAUCCACAGGCCACCACAGCAACCCCAUCGCUCCAGUCCCGUUUGAGGCGUUUCAUAACGGAUCAUGGCAUGGAGCCAAUUCUAUAAUGAUACGGGAUGGUGGUUUGCUUGUAAAAUUUGUCUCCUCUGGAUACGCAGUCGCAGUCCAGCAUGAUAUUGAUGGGUCCUAUCUGCGCGUUCGUUCUAGAAAGGCAACUUGCUCGGAUUGCUCACAUGUUCUCAAGCCAGGCGCCGAUGUUUGUGUAUGGCAAGCAGUUUACAGAGGAGAAACAAAAGAUUCUGUACUGUUGUGCUGCCGUGAUGCAAGGCUCAUCAAAAUCAAGAGAAACCAUCAAUCGGACCGGUGCCUAUGCUUGUUUGCCGUUAUUUUCUACAAAGACCAGUGCCCAGGCAGCAAAGAAAAAGUGAUAUCCGGUACAAUAGCUGACGUAGUGACGAUAGACGACAUCUGCAUCUUGCAGAAUCUCCAACCUGAGGAGCUCCAGGAUGGGAGCGUGCGAUGGAAUUCUGCAGUGGACUGCUUCCAUCAUAACAGAAGCAAGCUGCUAAGUGCAAGAUUCUCCCUGGAAGUCGCAUACCUCAUAGUUUUGUCUAGCCUGAGGAGAAUGGAAUUCAACAUCAAGAUGGUCGACGGCAACAUCAUUUACCAGAUCAUCAAAGGAGACCAAGCACGGGAUAGUAUUGAUUCCAUGAGCAUACCUCCAGGUUUUGGGAAGAACAUGGACAUAAUAUCAUUCAAACCACGUGGUGAGGCUUUACGCCCAAUUACCAGAACAGUUCCAGUCACUCAGGUUGAAGAAGGCAAUCUCACAGAAGAUGGGUGUAUCGCCGUGAAGGGAGAAUCUGAUAGUGCACAAGAUGUCGAGAUCUUGUAUGCGCAUGUGGACAUAAGACGCUCAAAGCGUAUGAAAACUCAACCAGAUCGCUUUACUAGUUAUGAUGCGCGUAAUUUCAACCGGACCUACAACAAGAAAGAAGCAGAUGGACCAUCUACUAAGUAUGAAGAUUCGGAGAGCGGCUUGAGUUGUGAUUCAUCAGAGCAGAGAGAAUCAAGUGAUGAAGAGGCCUUAGAAAAUCCAAGGUCUAUGGCAGCCGAGCACAAGUACCCAGUGAAAAGAAAUCAGUGCUCUUUGCCUGUAAAAGAGAAACAGAUCUCAAUGGAAAUAAAGAAGAACACAACAGACCAAGGGUGUUCAGAUUCUUACAUUCCACAUACGCCAGCAAAGAAUACAGAGCGUCCGAGGUUUCGACUAAAGCCAUUUGCUUCGUCUCGAAGCCUAGAUGGCAAUAGUGAACCAGCAUUCUGCCAAAAGAGGGGUAGGAAAAGAAAGAAACACAUGUGCCAAAUAGAGUACAAGCGAAUGAUAGACCAAUGCAUCGGAAAUAUCCAGUGUGAAGUGGAGAGAGAUUCUGACUUUAAGUUUGGUGACCAGAUAUUGGAUGGCUGUGUACGUGCUUACCAAGAAGUGGAUUUUACGUGGCCAUCUUCCGCUGAUAGUCAAGAGGAGAAGGAUGAGCUUGACGAAUUGUGGAAAGAAAUGGACUAUGCACUGGCCACAGUAGCAAUUCUUGAACAAAAGCAGAUGACAGAUUCAGAAGUCGUUCAUGAGAGCAAUACUGAUUUAGGAAAAGGAGGAGAGCACUGUCAUCAUGACUGCAUGCUGGACGAACAGCUUGGUCUGACCUGCAGACUGUGCAAUGUUGUAUGCAUUGAGGCAAAGGAUAUCUUUCCACCAAUGUUCACUGGUAAGGACCACGAGAGGCCUGAAAGGAACCAUUUUGGCCAGGAUGGUCAUGUACUUGACCUUUCCUUUUUUGAGAUUUGUGCUCCAGAAUUCUCCAAAAUCAAGGAAUCUGGGAAUGUGUGGGCUUCAAUCACUGAUCUUGAACCAAAGUUACUUGCUCAUCAGAGAAAAGCCUUCGAAUUUAUAUGGAAAAACUUGGCAGGAUCAUUACAGCUUGAAGAAAUGGAUGGUUCAACAAGUAGAGGUGGUUGUGUGGUUGCACAUACUCCAGGAGCGGGUAAAACUCUUCUGCUGAUUUCGUUUCUUGUCAGUUACUUGAAAGUUCACCCAAGAAGCCGGCCAUUGGUCCUUACUCCAAAAGCUGCAAUCCAUACCUGGAGGACAGAGUUUCAGAAAUGGGGCAUCCUGCUUCCGUUACAUGUGCUUCACCACUCUAACAGAACAAGCAAACUGAUGGGGGGUCUUAGUUCGAAACUGCAGGCGGUUUUGAAGAGUUUCCACCAGCCAUCGUGGAAAACAAUGCGCAUCAUGCAUUGUCUGGACAAACUAUGCAAGUGGCAUGAGGAACCAAGCAUUCUUCUCAUGACGUAUUCUUCCUUCUUAUCGCUUACGAAAGAAGACUCAAAACUGCGUCAUCAGGCGUUCAUAACGAAAGUUUUGAUGAACAACCCCGGGCUAUUGAUUCUUGAUGAAGGGCACAACCCAAGGAGCAACAAAUCAAAGUUGAGAAAGUUGCUGAUGAAGGUGAAGACUGAAUUCAGGAUACUCUUGUCUGGCACGGUCUUUCAGAACAACUUUGAAGAGUACUUCAACACCUUGUCUUUGGCCAGACCUCGUUUUGUCAACGACGUUAUGACCACGCUGGUUACAGAAUCAGAAAAGAGAACACGGAGCCGAACCGGCAAACAUCAAGAAGCACUGGCAAGGCAUGUUUUUGUGGAAAGAGUGGGGCACAAGAUAGAGUCUAGCAGCAAACAUGACAGGAUGGAUGGCAUCUCCUUGUUAAAUGAGCUUACUCAAGGAUUCAUCGAUUCGUUCGAAGGUACAAAACUGAACAUUCUUCCGGGUAUACGUGUUUAUACCCUUUUCAUGAAACCCACCGACGUCCAGGAAGAGGUACUGGCGAAACUGCUGAUGCCCUUGUCAGGCAAUGCGCGUUACCCUCUCGAGUAUGAGCUGCUCAUCACAAUUGCUUCUAUCCAUCCUUGGCUUAUAAACACAACCAAGUGUGCUAGCACUUACUUCACCCCAGCAGAAGUAGCUAGCGUUGACAAGUACAAGCGGAACUUUGCUGCUGGUUGCAAGGCAAAGUUUGUGAUUGAUCUGUUGCACAAGUCCUCGUUCAGAGGGGAGAGGGUUCUGGUAUUUUGCCACAACGUGGCCCCGAUAGCCUUCCUGGUCACGCUCAUAGAGAUCGUCUUUGGAUGGCGCCUUGGGCAGGAAGUCCUGGUGCUGCAGGGAGACCAAGAACUGCAUGUGCGGUCAGAUGUCAUGGAUAAAUUCAACAGCGACAGAAGAGGGAAGAGGAAGGUGCUGAUUGCUUCAACUACAGCCUGUGCCGAGGGUAUCAGUCUCACCGGCGCGUCCAGACUGGUGAUGCUUGAUUCGGAGUGGAACCAUUCCAAGACAAGGCAGGCAAUCGCGAGGGCGUUCCGGCCUGGCCAGGAGAGGAUGGUGUUUGUCUACCUUCUUGUGGCGUCUGGGACAUGGGAGGAAGAUAAAUACAACAGUAACAGGAGGAAAGCUUGGAUCGCAAAAAUGGUCUUCUUUGGCCGUCAUUUCGAUGACCCAUUGCAAAACCGUGUGACCGAAAUCGAUGACGAGGUUCUCAAGGAGCUUGCUGAUGAAGAUGAGACCAAUACUUUCCAUAUGAUAGUGAAACAGGACUGAAAAAAAAAGAUAUGGUCCCUUUGUUCUACAUGGUUAAGUGCUGCUAUGCUUUUGUAAUUGUAAUCUGGUGGUUUUAGCUGAGGAAAAAGAAACCUAUGGAUAUCUUUCGUUAAGACUUUGUGCUGUAACAAGGAUGUGCUUGCCUUGCUAACUAGUCUUGCAUGAAAUGCA